AGACUCUCAAUAAGUGGGUGAUGUGGAGUAACUUGUCGAUAUUGAAAGUAGGCACAGGGGAAAAAAGCGUGGGAAGACCAAACAUCACCUAUUGUAUAGCUACUAGCUAGGUCCAUCAAACGAAAUAUAUUCUACAAGAAAUUCAUAUUACAAACAGAACAGUCUAAAUUUAAUAACUGCCAACAUAGAGACUUUGAGGUAGAUCAUUCAAAGGUAUGGAGAUUACUGGAGCUGGAGAACAGCAGUCUUCCUACGAUCGUCUUAAAGAACUGAAGGACUUUGAAGAAUCAAAAGCAGGUGUGAAAGGAAUAGUUGAUGCUGGAAUUGUAAAGAUCCCUCGAAUGUUCGCUCGACCACUGGAUGAGCUCACUGAAGAGUUGGAUCAUAUUGAAGAUGAAAACAGCAAUUUUGAGAUUCCUGUGAUUGAUAUGAAAAGCGUGGAUCCAGAUGACCAUCACCGACGCAAGGAAAUUAUUGAUGAAGUUCGACACGCAUCGGGGACUUGGGGUUUCUUUCGGUUGGUGAACCAUGGAAUUCCUUUAACUGUAAUGGAUGAGAUUAUUAAAGGUAUCAAAAGAUUCCAUGAGCAAGAUACAGAGAUUAAGAAAAAAUAUUUCUCAAAUGAUCCCAAAACAGGAUGCAUGUUUCAUUCUAAUUUUGAUCUCUAUGUAUCAAAAUAUGCUAACUGGAGAGACAGUCUAAAAUGUAAUCUAUUAUCUCCUGAUCCUCUUGAUCCUCAAGAAUUGCCAGACACUUGCAGAGAUAUAAUAGUUGAGUAUUGGAAGCAUAUUAUGAAGUUGGCAAAUACAGUUACUGGGUUGUUAUCAGAGGCUCUAGGAUUAGAACAAGACCACCUUCAAAGGAUUUUUACUGAUUUCUUGGUACUUAAUGGUCUAUACUAUCCACCAUGCCCUGAACCUGAACUAACCUUGAGGACAAGUAAGCAUUCAGACCCGAGUUUCUUUACACUUCUUCACCAAGAUCAUAUUGGUGGACUACAGAUCCUUCAUCAAAAUCAGUGGGUUACUGUAAAACCCAUUCCGGGAACUCUAAUAGUAAAUAUUGGAGAUCUUCUUCAGCUUAUCAGCAAUGACAAGUUCAAAAGCGCUGAACACAGGGUACUAGCCAAUCGCAGUGGACCAAGAAUAUCAGUGGCAUGUUUUCUGCAUGCAAAAUCCAGUGACAACACAAAGAUUUAUGGUCCUUUGAAAGAGAUACUAUCAGAGGAGAAUCCCCCUAUUUACAAAUAUAUUAUGAUGAAAGAAUACAUUGAGCAUUACGCUAAGAAAGGACUUGGCGGUGUUUCCGCCCUUGAUCACUUUAAGUUGUCUAGUAAUUAGUUAAUACAGCCUAUGGGUGUCUAUGGUUUUCUUUCUUGGGGUUUGUUGUAAGUGUCUUAUGUUUGUUCAAGUGAACAUUUUAGUUUCGUGUUAUGCAAUGAUAAAGUAGUAUUUUU